UUUAUGGAGGAUUUUUAGGCUGUUUUAUCAAACAGCUUGUUUUUGAGUCCCAACAACACCAAGGACUAAUCUUUGACAGAACAUUUCAAAAGGCCGGCACGUCGAUCGAAGACAAAGAAACAUGAACCAGGACAUUGUAUGAACUAGGAUCGGACAUCUGAAUCUACAUUCAACCAUCAGAUUCCAAGAUUUAACAACAAUGGAGGAUAAGAAGUCAAGCCGUAGUGAUCAAGAACAAUUGGGGCUUCACUUCACUAUUGACUACCUGUUGUACGAUAAAGGACGCAAGACUGACCGAGUGAAUCCAGAGGACCGUUCCCUUCCAUCUGAAGGUCUUCGAGCCAAAGUCAAAGAACGAAGUGAAGAAACUCUCCCAAAACUGGAUAGUGGAAAAUCCAAGGACCAGAAAAAUGAAGAGAAUGGAAGUGAAGAGGAACAAGAAAAGCAGAAUGCGAAGACUGAAGGAACAGAGGAGAAACCAACCCAGUCCUACAUUGCUCUCAUUUCAAUGGCCAUCCUGGAAUCAGAAGAGAAGAAGCUGCUGCUUUGUGAUAUUUACCAGUGGAUCAUGGAUCGCUACCCUUACUUCAAAAGCAAGGAAAAGAACUGGAGAAACAGUGUCAGACACAAUCUUUCUUUGAACGAGUGCUUCAUCAAAGCCGGUCGCAGUGACAACGGUAAGGGCCAUUUCUGGGCUAUUCAUCCGGCCAACUUUCAAGAUUUCUCCAAUGGUGACUACCACCGACGCCGGGCCCGGAGGAGGAUCCGCAGGGUAACGGGACAGCUUCCCUUCGCACUGCCUGCACAUUAUCAGACCCUCAGUCGCCUAAAACGGAUGCCUUGCUGGUGCUGUCCAACGACCCGUCCACUUAUGUGUGUCACACCCAGAGUUUACAUGAGCUGGGCUGCAGACUUCAGACACCCACAAAAUCCCUUCAUACACUGA